AUUAAGAAUUACGAAGUACCCAUAAACGAAGGGAACAAAUCGACUUGUGCACUGCUGUGCAGAGACAGAGAGAGAGAGUGGUGCUUUGUGCUGUGGUUGCAGACCACCGUUCGCAUUCGCAAGGCUCAUUCUCCUCCUCCUCCACCGUGAAUCAGAAUUCAUAAGCAUUCAUUGUUUUGGCACUCGCUCUACCUCUUUCUCACUCGCUCCCAUGCUGUUUGCAUAAGCAUUCAUUCAUUCUCGAAGCCGUUUGUUUCCUCAGUCAGGGAGGGAACAUGACUUCCGUCACCUCCGUCGAACUCAACCUUCUCGUCUUUCGCUACUUUCAGGAAUCAGGUUUCACACAUGCUGCUUUUGCAUUUGGAAACGAGGCUAGUAUUAACAAAAGCCCCAUUGAUGGAAAGUUGAUACCACCAGGUGCUCUUAUUACACUUGUUCAGAAGGGGCUACAGUACUUGGAGAUGGAAGCAAACUUGAGUAAUUGUGAUGCAGACCUGGAUGAAGACUUUUCAUUCUUGCAACCUUUGGAUCUUAUCACAAAAGAUGUGCAUGAACUUAGGAAAAUGGUUAAUGAAAGAAGGAAAAUACUACAGAAGAAUAGAAAUAAGGAAUCUGAAAAGGAGAAUGAAGGUGGGCGAGGAUGGUUAAAAGAAAAGGGAAGACAUGAAAGGGAGAAAGAAUGUGAAAGGGAUGGAGAGAAGGCAGAAAAUCUUAAAGAGCUAGAACAACAGCAUUACAAUCAGAGCUGUAGAGAAAUGGUCAUAGAUCAAGAAGAUUUGGUUACUGUAAAGCAUGCAGAGAACAAAGCAUUUGGAGGGACAGAACCAAUGGAUGUCUCUACAACAUCAACAUUGCAACCAUGUCAAAUUCCUAGGUCAGAUGUGAUAGUUUUGGAAGGGCAUACUUCAGAGGUGUGUGCUUGUGCAUGGAGUCCUACAGGAUCUCUUCUAGCAUCAGGGUCUGGGGAUUCAACAGCUCGUAUUUGGACAAUAGCAGAAGGGAGAUGCAAAUCUGCUUUGCUGAAUGGCCCUCCGAAUGUAUUGGUGUUGAAGCAUGUUAGGGGUAAAACAAAUGAAAAGAGUAACGAUGUCACUACACUUGAUUGGAAUGGGGAGGGGACACUACUUGCAACUGGUUCAUAUGAUGGGCAAGCGAGAAUUUGGACCACCAAUGGUGAACUGAAGAGUACAUUAAGCAAACACAAGGGACCCAUAUUCUCUUUGAAAUGGAAUAAGAAAGGUGAUUAUAUUCUCACUGGAAGCUGUGAUCAAACUGCAAUUGUAUGGGAUGUGAAAGCUGAGGAAUGGAAACAACAAUUUGAAUUUCAUUCAGGUUGGACUCUUGAUGUUGACUGGCGCAACAAUGUGUCAUUUGCAACAAGCUCAACAGACACUAAGAUACAUGUUUGCAAGAUUGGGGAAAACCUCCCCAUAAGAACUUUUGUUGGGCACCAGAGUGAAGUUAAUUGUAUCAAAUGGGAUCCCACUGGUUCAUUAUUAGCCUCAUGUUCUGAUGAUAUGACUGCAAAGAUAUGGAGUAUGAAACAAGAUAAAUAUCUUCAUGAGUUUAGGGAGCAUUCCAAGGAGAUAUAUACUAUCAGAUGGAGCCCAACUGGUCCCGGUACAAAUAACCCUAAUAAAAAUUUGGUGUUGGCUAGUGCAUCAUUUGAUUCAACGGUAAAGCUAUGGGAUGUGGAACUUGGGAAACUUUUAUACAGCUUGAAUGGACACAGAGAUCGUGUAUAUUCUGUUGCAUUCAGUCCCAAUGGUGAGUACAUAGCCAGUGGGUCUCCUGACAGAUCGAUGCUCAUAUGGUCCUUGAAGGAAGGCAAGAUCGUUAAAACCUACACUGGUGAUGGAGGCAUUUUUGAGGUCUGUUGGAAUAAGGAGGGUGACAAGAUCGCUGCCUGUUUUGCCAAUAAUACAGUUUGUGUUUUGGAUUUCAGAAUGUAACCUGAGAAGCACCAAGUUAUUUUGACUAUUUAAUUGUUUUUCCCUCCUUACUUUUGCUAUGAAUCAUUAGUAAGAGGUAGCUGGUAGGAGUAUAUUCUUGAUUUAAAAAUGUAUAGAUUUAAUUGGCCUACAUCGUUAAAACAAUCCUACUGGCAGCAUCCUCUGCCAGCUGCUAGAUUGCCCCUGGGUAUUCUCUCUAUUCUUGACUACGAGGGUGGCCAAAUAACUUUAUAUGGUUUAUUUGAGUUUAUCUUAUACAAGUAUUUAAAUUAACAUUUUGAAGUGUUUA